GCAGUGACCAACAGCUCACCCUCGAACCUCCCGGGAGAUUCCCUGUGGAUUCUUUCGCCAUGAGCGAGAGUAAAUUCGCGGCCAUUCGCGGCCUCAAGCACCCUACGACCAACUCCACCUCGCAAAAUACUCCCCUUAACCAGUGCGUGCCCGACUCGGUCUCGGCCACGAGGACAGGGCCCUAUCAUAAUCAUGCCUCACCAAACGAUUCGCUCCAUAGAUUAUCGGAGACGAGCCCGCAGGCCUGCUGCAAGCCUCCAUCGAAUGAGUUUUUGGCAAGCAAGGAGGCAUCAGAAGAUGAUGGCCUGCCUCUGUACCGCCACGAUGACCGGCGCAAACCCUCCCGCUCGCCCUUGUCGGUUCCCCAUGGCGUGCGGCGCAGACUCGGCGGCAGCCCCAUGAAAGCAGGUGUGCUCAUUGUGGCUGGCCUCAUUUAUGUCUUGAACCUGCUUGCAAGCACCCACACCCAUUUCAGUGGGCGGUGGCCGGGUAGCAGCCCACCCCAUUGGAAGAGCGCCAAGACGAAUGUCAUCCUCAUGAUCAGCGACGGCUUUGGACCGGCUGGAGAGACAUUUGCCCGCUCCUUUGCCGCUGCACUCAACUCGAGUAUUCCAAACGUCCCGUAUUCGACUCCGAAGCCUCUCCCAUUGGAUGACCUGCUUAUUGGAACUCACCGUUCCCGCUCAUCCUCGUCACUCAUCACUGAUUCGGCAGCCGGUGCCACGGCGUUUAGCUGUGCGCUCAAAUCAUAUAAUGGUGCGAUAGGCGUCGAUUCAGAAGGUCGCAAAUGCGGCACACUUUUCGAAGCUGCCAAGAAUCAGCGUGGCAUGCUCACCGGUGUCGUCGUCACGAGCAGACUCACUGAUGCGACACCGGCCGCCUUCGUUAGUCACGCGGCAAGCAGAGCCCUAGAGGCCGACAUUGCAACGCAAGCAGUUCUCGGCACGCUUGAUGAUCCCAAAGGUCGCAAUGGCACGUCUCGCGUUCUGGAUCUGGCCAUCGGUGGCGGUGGCUGCAACUUUAUGCACCGCGACCACCCCAUGAGCUGCAGAACCGACGAUGUAGACCUCGUCGCAGAUGCCACCGCGCUUGGCUGGAAUGUCUGGGCAGCUUGGCCGCUUAAUUGGACUCGGGAUGCCCGUGCUCGCCGGCCCUCAAUGACCACGCACAUAUCUUACGAAGACGCCGUCCUGGCCCACGUCUCGGCAGCGCAGAUUCCUGAAAUCAAAGUAAGCGCUCGAUCACGGGAUGUGGUUGCCCACAUCGACAGCCACAAGUCUGCCCUUCCCUUCUUGGGUUUGCUCGCUCCAGGAAACACUCCAUACGAGAUUGACAGGAUCGCAAUUGCAGAGGAUCAGCGACCCCCGAGUCUGAAGAUGCUCGCAAGCAAGGUUCUACACAUGCUUGAUACCGAUUCUUCUAACAAGAACGGUUUCAUCCUGAUGAUCGAAGGCUCACAAAUCGACCUUUGCGCGCAUUCGAACGACGGCGCCUGCCACGCCCGCGAGAUUCUGGCCUACCAAGAGGCGAUAGCCACUGUCCGCGACUUUGUGGAUAGCAAGAACGCGGCAGGCGAACGAACCAUCCUCAUCUCUACUUCAGAUCACGAGACUGGAGGGCUCACGCUUGGUCGACAGCUCACAGCAGCGUACCCUAACUACGCGUGGUACCCUGAGCGCCUCCUUGGCGCCAAGCAAAGCGCGCAAAUGCUGAGCGCCGAACUGGUUGGCUUUGCGACAAAGCAGCGCCGCAGCUCCCAGGACCUUGCAGAAUACAUUCGCAGCCAGACGCUCGGUGAGCAGGGCGCAGGUUUCACGGAGCAGACCGGUGGUCUGCCCACGGACGAAGAAGUGGACAGCAUCGCGCAGUGCAUUGCCUCGAUCCCCGCUUCGCAGAUGAUGGAGGACCCGCCCCUCGACGUCAGAGACGUCUGCAGGGUUGUCAUCGCCAAUGCGAUGAGUCGCAGGGCAGAGAUUGGAUGGUCCACAUCUGGUCACACGGGGCUUGACGUCAACGUCUUUGGGCGUGGACCUGGCAUCGACCGUCUGCGUGGCAACAUUGAGAAUACCGAUAUUGGAUCUUUCAUUGAAGCGUAUCUCUCCCUAGACCUUGGGAAGAUUACCAAGGAGCUCGCAUGAACAAGCCACAGAGACCUGGCGCUACUCCAGCGUCACAAUAUUAUGUAUUUUUUCUUCGACGUCGGAUACUAGAUGAAGGUGGCGAAA